AUGGCUCAGAGAGUAGUUCAGAUGGACGCAGAAACCUUCUCCUGCUCCAUCUGCCUGGAGGUCCUGAAGGAUCCGGUGACUAUUCCCUGUGGACACAACUACUGCAUGAGCUGUAUUAAAGCCCACUUUGAUGUGGAGGAUCAGAAGGGACUUCACAGCUGCCCUCAAUGCAGGGAACGCUUCACACCGAGGCCUGUCCUGGUAAGAAACACCAUGUUAGCAGCUUUAGUGGAGCAGCUGAAGAAGACUGGACUCCGAGCUGCUCCUGCUGACCACUGCUAUGUUGGACCUGAAGAUGUGGCCUGUGAUUUCUGCUCUGGGAGAAAACUGAGAGCCAGCAAGUCCUGUUUGGUCUGUGUGGCCUCUUACUGUGAGGAACACCUUCAGCCUCAUUAUGAUUCACCUCCAUUUAAGAAACACAAGCUGGUGGAGCCCUCCAAGAAGCUCCAGGAGAACAUCUGCUCUGUCCACGAUGAGGUGAAGAAGCUGUUCUGCCGCACCGAUCAGAAGUCCAUCUGUGUUGUCUGUGCGAUGGAUGAGCAUAAAGGCCACCACACAGUGUCAGCGGCAGCAGAAAGGACUGAGAGGCAGAGAGAGCUGGAGGGGAGGCGGCAACAAAUCCAGCAGAGAAUCCAGGACAAACAAAAAGAAGUGGAUCUGCUCCAGCAGGAGGUGGAGGCCAUCGAUCAGUCUGCUGACAAAACAGUGGCGGACAGUGAGAAGAUGUUCACUGAGCUGAUCCGUCUCAUCAGGAAAGCAGCAGGUCAGAUCCCAGCAGCAAACCGCAGUGAGGGGAGUCAAAGAGCUUCAGCAGAAGCUGGAGCAGGAGACCACUGA